GAACAGCCCAAGAUGCCUGAGGCAGGACACAGUAUAAAUUUUAGAGAAACUGGUUCAGUAGGACAAAGAUUAGAAAGAGAACUAGACCAGGAAGAAGUUAGAAAGAAAAGUAGCAGGAAGAGGUCUAAAAGAGCAAGAGACCGCAAGAAACUUUAUGUAAACUGGAGAUGAAGGUAGCUGAGCUGGAGAAGGAGAACUUUAGACUUCAGAACUUGCUGAUUUCGUAUAGGAGUGAUAAACUAGAGAUUAUGGGCAAAGAACCAGUUUCAUUUAUUGAGCAAUAUAAAGAAUAUAAGAAUGGCUUAUGCAAUAAAUUCAUUGAAGGAGAAGGAAACCAGAAUAAACGAGACCAAAACAUCACUCUUCUCAGUGAAUUCGAGAGAACUAUAACAGAAGAAAUAAAAUCCCAUAAAGAUUUCCUCGAUGCUACUUUUGAAGCACUAAUAAGCCAUCCUUUUCCUGCUUUAAAAUAACAAAUACUGGGGUGACUUCGACAAAUCUCCCCUAAAAGAUUAUGAAACUAUCCAAAAAUUUUCAAAGUUGUCCAAAUAUCAGAUACCAGAGUUUAAAGAGAAGCAUGACAUCACUCCUAUUGACGAAGUUGUUGCUUCAUUAUAUCCAACCAAGAAGCAAUAUAGCUUCAUGAAAAAAUUCAUCAGUAGAGAAAAAGAAAUUUACAACUGUUUUAAACAAGGGGUUGAGCUCUUAUUGAAAGCAAAGGAAAUAUUUGAACAGACGAUUCCUUGUUGUAUCAUGAAUGUCGAAUACUUUAUGAAGAGUAAAGUAUUUGAUGACCAGAAGUUUCUUGACUCUAAGUAUUCAGAGUACUUCCUCAUCAGUAACAAUGCUUUUAAUGAUAUCUUCAAAAUCCAAGUAACCCCCAAAGCACACACCUUCGACCUCGAAGCCUGCCCUGAAUUCGGAAAACCCUCAAAAAAACUCCUCAAAAGGUCAGAAAGGACCCUCGAAAUCACCUACAACCACUUUUCACUUCCUUCUUUGUAG